UCCCCGCGGUGGCAGCCCCACCGGCAGGUCACUUCCGCAAUUAUCGACCUCUACCUUCGCUCUUUCUGGAGCUUUCAGGCUUGUUCUAUUCUCCUUUAGCUUUCAGCCAAGCUCUCUUUUUUCCAUAUCCAAAUCUCUUUGAAUCCGUACUAUCCAACGUAGGCGAGGAGGAAGAGGAGGAGAAUGAGCUCUGCGUGUAAUUUUGCUAAUAUCAAUCUUCACUCUCCGAUCAGAUUCUCUCCCAGAAGAUGCAGGAGAGCUUUACAAAUUCACGUAUGGAGGCGUCGGAGACUGAAAUCAAUUCCAAGUCUGGUGGUGCGGAGUCAAUUAGGGUCGCUUGUUCCGUCAACUUUUGAGAAUUUGUUCCACACCUUGGUUUCUCAGUUUCCGUCCGUGAAUUCACUGGAUUUGGUGGCUCCGGCGCUGGGGUUUGCUUCCGGAGUCGCGCUCUACUUAUCGCGGUUCAGGUCGGGGGAGGAUUCGGACAUUGGAGAGUGGAUUUUGUUCACGAGUCCCACGCCGUUCAAUCGGUUCGUGCUGCUUCGGUGCCCAUCGAUAUCGUUUGAAGGGAGCGAGUUGUUGGAGGACGUGAAUGAGAGGCUGGUGAAGGAGGAUAGACACUUUGUGAGGUUGAAUAGUGGGAGGAUUCAAGUGAGGGGUUACGAUGGGAGGGAUGCUAUAGUUGAGGAGAAGCUCGCUUAUCAGAGAGAGUGCGUGGGCAUGGAUGACGGAGGUGUCGUAUCUUUGGAUUGGCCCGCUAAUUUGGAUUUGACAGAGGAGCAUGGUUUGGAUACUACUGUUUUGCUUAUUCCCGGAACGGCUGAAGGUAGCAUGGAUCCGAAUGUGCGUUCUUUCGUAUGUGAAGCACUUUGGCGUGGCUAUUUUCCAGUUGUGAUGAAUCCUAGGGGUUGUGCUGGUUCACCCCUGACCACAGCUCGGUUAUUUACAGCUGCUGACAGCGAUGAUAUCUGCACAGCUAUACAGUUCAUCAAUAGAGCAAGGCCAUGGACUACAAUGAUGGGUGUUGGCUGGGGAUAUGGUGCCAACAUGUUGACAAAGUACCUGGCAGAGGUUGGAGAGAAAACACCUCUUACUGCUGCCACAUGCAUAGACAAUCCUUUUGACUUAGAGGAGGCCUCAAGGGUGGCCCCUAAUCACAUUGUUGUUGAUCAAAAGCUCACAGGUGGACUGAUAGAUAUUCUCAGAUCCAACAAGGAACUAUUUCAAGGCAGAACAAAAGGUUUUGAUGUGGAAAAGGGUCUUUCGGCCAAGACUGUUCGUGAUUUUGAAAAAGCAAUAUCUAUGGUAUCUUAUGGUUUUGAUGCUAUAGAAGACUUCUAUUCAAAAUCUAGCACACGAGGUAUUGUUGGAAAUGUGAAGAUUCCUGUUCUCUUUAUACAGAAUGAUGAUGGGACAACGCCGCUAUUCUCUAUUCCACGCAGUUUGAUAGCAGAAAAUCCAUUCACAAGCUUGCUUCUGUGUUCUUGUUCUUCAACUAGUGUCAUCUUGAGUGGCAGAUCAGCUAUAUCUUGGUGUCAGAAUGUAACCAUCGAGUGGCUCGCGGCAGUGGAGCUAGGACUUCUGAAGGGUCGCCAUCCUCUUCUGAAAGAUGUAGAUGUUACCAUCAAUCCUUUAGAAGGUUUGGCUCUUGUGGAAGGCAGAGCCCCUCCUAAGAGUAGCAGAGUCAAUAAGUUUUUCAAUCCUGAGAAGUCAAGUGCUUUAAGUGAACAUUCUAUGGAUCCUGUUAGUGAGAUGCUUGCAGCUACUAACAUCCGCCUUGGGCAAGAUUCAUGGAGAAAUUUGGAAAUUGAAGACAAGGAAUUGCCAGAAGUGCACAACGGUACAUUGCAGCAGAGCAGCUCUGUUGAUGCAGAAUUAAUCAAAGAGGAUGUAAUUAGCUCAGUAGAUAACGAAAGAGGGCAAGUUCUACAGACAGCACAAGUGGUUAUGAACAUGCUUGAUGCGACUAUGCCUGGUACUCUAACAGAAGAACAUAAGAAGAAGGUCCUGGCUGCCGUAGGUCAAGGAGAAACAGUUAUGCAAGCUUUGCAAGAUGCUGUCCCAGAAGAUGUUCGUGGAAAGCUUUCUACUGCUGUUUCUGGAAUUUUGUCUACUCAAGGCACAAAUUUAAACUUUGAGGGUCUUCUGAGGAUUGGCCAGAUUCCUAAUGUAUCGUCAGGAUUGAAAUCAAAGAUCCAAGAAGAAAUUGGAAUAACAUCAAGUGGAGAAGGUAUGCAUAAGGAUGCUCAUUCUUCUGAUCAGAGGAAAGGGGCUGAUGAUAUGGCAGAUGGCACUAAUAAUAAUCAAUCUGGCAAUGAAAAACCUGCUGGCAGACUAGAAACAGAGCUUCAGCCCUCAGAGAAGUUGCAAAAAUCUAUUGAUCUGGGUCAGGCUCAACCAGUUGGUGGUCAAGGCGGUGAAGUCUCUAGCUCAGUCAAUAAGAGCACCAUUGAUGCAGUGAAUAAUCAGGAAAAUAAUGAGUUUUCCAAGGAAAAGCCUGCUCAAUAUUCUGAGAAAAGUGGAAAUGGAUCAGAAACAGGUGCUAAUCCUAAUUUUUCUAGUCGGUCUGAAAAGGCAGAUGGCACGGAGGAAGCAAUUAGUGAUCAUCAAAAGUUGGAUCAUGAUGGUAGAAAUGCUCAGAUAGAGAUGAAAGAGGAGAAUCAUUUCCAAAAAAAUGAAGGAAAAAUCCUGGAUUCUUCAACUGAUCAAAAUAAGAUGAUUCCUUCCACCAAGAUAGAUGAGGCAGUUUCACCUCCUGGAUCCUCAUCUGAGCCACAAGUGAUGGAAAAGGAAGUUAGUGAUAAUCAAAAGAAAGAAGACAAAACCAUGCAGCCUAUUCUUGAUCAAAAUAAUGCCAUUAUGUCAGAUUCUAAUUCCCCAACUUUCAGUGUCUCUCAAGCCUUCGAUACCUUGACAGGGUUGGAUGAUUCUACUCAAGUGGCUGUGAACAGUGUUUUUGGUGUAAUUGAAGACAUGAUUACUCAGUUGGAGGAAAAAGGCAAUCAAGAUGAAGUCAUAGAUAAGGAUGUGGUCAAGGAUGAGAAAAGUGGUUCUGAGAGACAGAAUAAUCAAGUCAUUAGCAACCACAAGUUGGAAAAGGAAGAGGACAAUAAGAAUGGCCUGAACUUUGAGUCUGACAUCUUACAUGAUCCUACUGUACCCAGUUGGCAUGAGAAUCAUACAGAUACAUUGCUUGAUGCAGGACCCAGAUGGGUAGAGGAGAAAUCCAGUCAGACCCCAAUUCCAUUCAGAGGGAAUGGCACCGGUAGUUCUAGAAAUUACACAGAUAGCCAUGUAGGUAAAAAGGAAGAUGGGAAGGACCAUUUUGUUGGUGACAAACUUUUGGCUCGAAGUUUAGAUAGACAUAGUCAUGUAAAUAAUAUUCCACUUUACAUAACUGCAACUCCAUAUGGAGAUUCUCUUUAUAAUGAAUACUUAAGAAAGUAUCUUCUUUCAAAGAUACCAAAUACCAAAUCACUAGAUUUAGAUACAACUACUGCUCUGUUUCUUGACUAUUUUCCAGAAGAAGGUCAAUGGAAGCUAUUGGAACAGCCAGGAAACACUGGGGAUUCCGUUGGUGAUGUCAGGACUCUUAAGGGUAUUGACAGAAUGAGUCAGGCCUAUUUAUCUUCUAAAAGUAACGCAGGAAAGAUUAUUGAACCUUCAUAUGUGAUAUUAGAUACUGAAAAACAACAUGAACCAGUUAGAGGGUACAAGACAGUGGACAUAAAAAAUGAAAAGGCCGCACUUGGCAAUGAUGGGUCAGAGGAGUUGAUAUGCUUUGUUAAGAACAUUAUUGUGGAUGCUUUGAAGGUUGAAGUUUGUCGCAGGCUAAGUGCAUCAUACAUGAAGGAGAUGGAGUUUGAUCUUGCUAGAGAUUUAGAACAAAUUGCAAAUGCUGUGUCUCUGAUUGUUGGACAAGACAAGGAGCAUGGUUGGCAUGUGGACAGUAAUGACUAUAGAACCGGCCGUACUAUAAAAAAGGUUGGUUCUGUUCAUGGAGAGCGUAUUGUUAGAGCAAUCUCAUCUGCCAUUCAGGAUACAAGUCACUUGAGGAGAGUGCUGCCAGUGGGUGUUAUUGUAGGAUCUAGCUUAGCUGCUUUGAGAAAAUUCUUCAAUGUAGCUGCAGUGCAUGAUACUGGCCAAAAUGAAGCUGUGACCCUUGAUGGACUGGAAAUUGUUGAGGAAAAAAGUUAUGGUCAAGUCAGUGAAACAGAGAAUGAUCAGACUCCUUCUGACAAAACUGAAAAUUUGAAUUUAGAAAUAAGCAGAGAUGGGAAGAAAGCAAAAUUAAGAAAUCUAAACGAUAGCACUGUCAUGGUUGGUGCUGUUACAGCUGCCCUGGGGGCAUCUGCUUUACUGGUGAAUCAACGGGAUCCAUACAACAGUAAUGAAACUGCUGACAGUUCAUCCAAGCCCUUCAAGGAGAAAGGAAUUCAACUGAAAGAGCCUAACAAGAUUGAAGAGACAUUGGAAAAAAACCAGAAUAACAUAGUCACAAACCUUGCUGAGAAAGCCAUGUCAGUUGCUGGUCCAGUGGUACCAACAAAAGGAGAUGGUGAAGUUGAUCAAGAAAGGUUGGUUGCCAUGUUAGCAGAUUUGGGACAAAAAGGUGGCAUGUUGAAGCUGGUUGGUAAAAUUGCUUUGCUUUGGGGUGGAAUACGUGGUGCAGUGAGUUUAACCCGUAGGCUUAUCUCUUUUUUGCGUUUUGCUGACCGCCCCUUGUUCCAGAGGAUUCUUGGGUUUGUCUGCAUGGUGCUUGUUUUAUGGUCACCAGUUGUGGUUCCAUUGCUCCCAACACUUGUGCAGAGCUGGACAACAAAUAAUUCCUCCCGGAUUGCUGAGCUUGUUUGCAUUGUUGGCCUUUAUACUGCUGUUGUGAUACUUGUCAUGUUAUGGGGCAAGAGAAUUCGAGGGUAUGAAAAUCCAUUUGAGGAAUAUGGACUGGAUUUGACAUCAUCACCAGAGAUCCAAAAUUUUCUGAAGGGUUUGAUUGGAGGAGUUAUGCUUGUUAUGUCGAUACAUUCUGUGAAUGCAUUACUUGGAUUUGUCAGUCUCUCUUGGCCUGCAGCUUUUGACACUAAGACAUUGUUCAAAGUGUACGGGCAAAUGCUUAUGCUUACUGUUCGGGGGAUUCUAACAGCAGUCAGCAUUUCACUUGUGGAAGAAUUGCUUUUCAGGUCGUGGUUGCCUGAAGAAAUUGCCGCUGAUCUUGGAUACAAUCGUGGAAUCAUCAUUUCAGGACUUGCAUUUUCUUUAUGCCAGAGGUCUCCACUGUCAAUACCCGGGCUAUGGCUCUUAUCUUUGGUUCUGGCAGGGGCUCGGCAAAGAAGUCAAGGUAGCCUCUCCCUUCCUAUUGGGCUGCGUGCAGGGAUAAUGGCUUCAACUUUCAUCUUACAAAUUGGUGGUUUCAUAAAAUACCAACCCAAUUUUCCUCUUUGGGUAACUGGGACUCACCCACUUCAACCAUUUAGUGGAGUUGUUGGUCUUACCUUCUCAAUGAUAUUGGCGAUAGUUCUCUAUCCAAGACGGCCUCUACAUAAGAAGAAAACAAAGACCCUUCAGGAAUAAAUUGAGAAUACACAAUUUCAUGAUCAAAAGCAGAUAAUGAAGAAUAGCAUAUUGUUUGGUGAUGCCUUUGUUGUUGGUGUGUCAGAUUGGUAUGGCUUGGAAGUCCAUGUCAGCCUUUAGCUAAUGUGCUUACUAAGUUUAUCCUCUGUGAGAGGAAAAAUGAGUCUUCGAUGGAGGGAAGGCAAAGGGAAAGAAGAAAUAAGGAAAUUGGAAGUUCAAAGAGCUGCUCCUGCUGUUGUUUCUUAUGCUACACCAAGGCAUCUGUUUAGUGUACAGUUGGUAUAUCCCAAGCAUCAGAUACAAAGCAAUUUUUUGUAAGUAGAAAGCAACACGAGUAUAAACUGUGUUUAUCAGAGGGUUCAUUUUUCGUACUUGCAUCAAAGUGUACAGACAGAUUCACUUUUUUUCCCAUCUGUUCUUCACACUACAAAUGUGUAGAAUACAUCAUAGCUAUAUUGAUAGCUGUAUAUGUAGAAUACGUGUCAAUGUUUCCUUAUGAGCCAUGAACUAGGGGAAAACCAAUGGACUCUAACCACUCACUGGCUCCAUGUAGAAAAACUUCAGCUGUAAACUGCUUGGCUAUGUCUUCACUGCAAUUCUUUCUGUAGCCACCCCAUGUGACUCUGUGCCUUGUGUCUGAUCCUGGUCCAAAGUUCAGGUAUUCAAUGUACUCCACAGUGUCUAAAGUGCUAUACUUAUUCCAUUUGUGCCAACCCUGUGGGUUUAUCAGAUCUCCUAAGUAGCUCUUCAUGACCAUAGUCCUUGAGUAGUUCCUCCAUGGGCGACCCAGGAAAGUCAAAAAGUUUCGUCUCUCAGCCAAAGGGAAUUCUGGUGCAGCUACUAUGGUGCAGUUUUGUAAUGAGAUGCCAGUGUUCUGAUUUGGGUCUCCUCUCCCUUGAGCAGUGAUCAUGUUCUUUUGUCCGGGGCUUGGUUUGCGAACGAGUAUAAGACAGUUUUGGAAGACUGCUGCUGCAUUUCCAAAGAUGAAAUCUAUUGUGCCUUGGAUUGUGCAUUCACGAUAGAAUUGGCGGAGAGAAUGAGCGUAGAGGGUGUCCUGAUACGAGCUGAAGUUGCAGCGGUAGAAAGCAGAAUUGGAGGUCACUCUUACUGCAACUGCCUGGUGCUUCUCGGGGCCUGCCGUGUUGAUGAUGGUUAGAUCCCUUGCUAAGAACUUGUCUCCAACCACAGCUACAAAAAUCAAGGUAAGAGUCAUUGACUUUUCAGAAGAUACCAGAAAUAAAAAAUUAUAUGUUUCAAGAAAUCUUUCAGGAAAGCUCAGGCAAAUGAAUCUGAAGAACAAAAGCCUAUAUGCAGAAAGUAACCAUACUUAGGGUGGCUGAAGUGAAGGUGGAAAACCCAUCAACAAAGCUUUUAGACCCUGUGAUCACUGUUGAAUUCAUCCCAUCUCCUACCAACAUGAUAUUGACCUUUUCCCUUGGAAUCUCCACAUUUUCCUUGUAUACUCCUGCCUUUAUUUUAAUCACAAAUCGAUUACUGCUCUUGUUAGGCGCCGUACUGAUUGCUUCCCCAAUGGUGCUAAAAUGUCCACUGCCAUCACUUGCAACAACGAUGUCCGGCCUUAUUUUAGGCACCAUUUCAAUCAGUUUCCGAUCAAUGGCUGUCAUCCAUGCUGGGAAUUCGUCCCUUGGCAUUGUGGUAUUCAUGAUCUUUCUGUCCCUAAGGGCUAUGGUUUCCAUGUACUUGAUAAUGGCCAAGCAGUUGCUGAUCAUACCAGAAAUAGGAGUUAAGACGGAUUGGAGAUGUCCCUUGAGACCCUUCUGGCUUUCAGAAUCGGCUUCUUCCAGGUCAGUGAAUCCAUCGAUGCAUGUGUUCUCAUUUGUCAUGGCUGCACUGAGAAGGGUCUUGAGGUUCGUGUAUAACCGAUGAGGAUCCCCUAUAGAUGGCGGGAAAGCAUGCAGGUCGUCAAUGGCCUGUCCAAGUUCAUAGAGGGUUUGGUCUGUCAUUUCCAUGCAAUCAUUCAGAGCAUUCUUCUCUUGAGAAUUCAAGUCUUGGUAGGUGAAAAGGGCUUUAAUAUCGGACCCAGAAUCCAUCACGGAGCUCACCGUUGCAUUGACUGCAAUCUCAAGAAUAUGGUGGAGGGUGGUGGUGUUCUUGGAAGUGGCAGGAGCAGAAGAGAGAGUGGUGAAGCAGAGAGAAGGGUAGAGAGUGUUGGUGCAGGCGUUCUUGAUGAGUGGAUGAAGAGGUUGAGGUUGAGUUGAAGAACGGACCAGUUCUUGGUCUCCUUCCUCGUUGAGAAAUGAAGCAAAGAGAAUUAGUGUUGGGAGUGUGAGAAAGACCCCAAGUACAAUGGUCAUAAGUCGGGUUCUUGUGAGAUCCUUGGGGGGUUCAUGGAAUUUCUUGAUUACGGUGGUGGACUCCAUGAAUUCUUUUGAUUGAAUAAAGGCACAGGGAAAAACAAGAAAAGAGAGAAUAAGAGAAGUCUUCAGAUGAAGGCACUUUGAGAGGAAGAUGGGAUGUGGCCGUGCCUGAAUGAAUGGGGUACUGGACCUUUAUACUAGCAACUCGUUGCUUCCUUCUCUGAUCUGACUCUUCAUCCUUUUUUCAUUGCUUUCUUGGAAACAAAACUAAAAACUUGUUUGCCAGUGAUUUUAAAAGGGAUUAAAAACGUUUCCUAAUUCUUAGAAA